AACGUCCUGCGCUGGCAUCCUUACUCGACUCUCCAUUGCUGAAAGGAACAGCAUAAUCAUACAGGAAGAUGGAGUUCGGAAAUAAGGUUAUUGUCCUCUUAGUCGUGGUCAUCGUGGUGAUUGGCAUUGGGUUGGGGGUAGGUUUGACCAGAAAGAAACCAACCAUAACGGUAGAACCGGUACCUACACCAACAGAAGCCCUCAAGGAACCGGUCCAGGAGGCCUUCCAGAGGAUCGACUGCUACCCCGAUCCUGGGGCAACCGAACAGUCAUGCGAGGAACGUGGUUGCCGGUGGAGCUCAUCGGACGUGGAUGGUGCCCCGUGGUGCUACUACCCGAAACAGGUGGAUGUACCUGGGUACACUAUGGUUUCAGCUUCUGUCAAGAAUGCUUUGGGCUUUGAAGCUGUUCUUCAGAGGAGGGAUACACCUGUCCGGUACGAUAGGCCAGUCCAGAGACUUCUCUUCCAAGUCGAAAUACAUUCAGAGACACGCGUCCGCUUCAAGCUCACCGAUAUGGACAAUGAACGGUACGAGGUACCAGUCGUCGACUUCAGCCCUCCCACUCACCCUGCACACGAUCUCGACUACGAGUUCAUCUACGAGCCAGACCCUUUCAGCUUUCGGAUCAAGAGGAAGAGCAACGGGGCCAUCAUAUUCGAUACAUCGGUAGGGGUGUUGGUAUACGAGGACCAGUUCCUCCAGAUCAGCACCGCCCUCCCAUCUUCUAACGUUUACGGGUUCGGAGAGCACAGUCAUCGUCGAUUUAGGCACGACCUCAACUGGAAAACAUGGGGAAUCUUCACUCGAGAUCUCGGCGUUGGGGGAGAUGAUAACUUGUACGGAGCGCAUCCCUUCCACAUGGUUGUCGAAGACGAUGGUAACACACAUGGAGUAUUCUUCGUCAACAGCAACGCAAUGGAAGUUGCGCUUCAACCCACACCAGCUUUGACCUACCGGACCAUUGGGGGUGUCCUUGAUUUCUUCAUGUUCUUUGGCCCCACCCCUGAAAAUGUAAUCAGCCAGUACGGAGAGGUGAUCGGUCGUCCAGUCAUGGUGCCCUAUUGGUCACUGGGAUUCCAGUUAUGUAGAUGGGACUACGGGUCACUCGACAGGGUCAAGACUGUGUGGUCAGAAAUGAUCGAGGCGGAGAUACCUUAUGAUAUUCAAUAUGGCGACAUCGAUUAUAUGUUGGACAAGAAGGACUUCACCUACGACAAGGAUGGUGCCUACGCUGGUCUUCCCGAGUUCGUCCAGCAGGUCCACGACCACGGACAACAUUACAUCAUCAUUCUGGAUCACAUUAUCAAAAAGGAAGUCGGAUACCACGCCUACGACCGGGGACUCAAUCCGAAUGUAUUUGUGCUGAAUCCGAACCGGUCUGCACCUAUCGUCGGAAACGUAUGGCCGGGAGAUGGUGUUUACCCAGAUUUUUUCAACGAAAACGCUCAGCAGUAUUGGACAGAUCUAUGUGAUGAUUUCCAUGAUGAAAUCGAAUAUGAUGCCCUCUGGAUCGAUAUGAAUGAGCCUUCUAAUUUCGUGAGGGGGUCCAUAGACGGAUGCGAUAACAACAGGUGGAACUACCCCCCAUAUAUGCCAAAACUCACGAUUGAGGAGGGAAAGAUAUUUACCAAAACACUUUGCAUGGAUGCCCGCCAUGGCAUUGACGGUAUGUUGGGUGACCAUUAUAAUCUACACAGCCUCUAUGGGCACACGAUGGCAGUUGGAACGUACGAAGCACUCAAAACGGUUUUCCCUGAAAAGCGUAGCCUUGUUUUCAGCCGUUCAACCUUUGCCGGCACAGGAAAAAGUGCCCACCAUUGGCUCGGCGAUAAUCAGAGUAUUUGGGGCCACCUCCAUUGGGGGAUAACGGGUAUGCUGGAAUUCAACAUGUUCGGAAUGCCGUAUAGCGGUGCUGAUAUCUGUGGCUUCUGGGGGAAUACCACCUAUGAGAUGUGUUGGAGGUGGACUCAGCUUGGGGCGUUCUACCCCUACGCUAGAAACCAUAAUGCGCAGGGGUGGUAUCCUCAACAUCCUCCUGUGUUUGGUGAUGAAUUUGUAAAGAUGACGAAGGAGGUCCUUUCGGAAAGAUAUCGUCUUCUACCAUUCCUUUAUACCCUCUUCUACCAAGCUCACAUUGAUAGCUCUACGGUCGUGAGGGCGCUCGUCAACGAGUUUCCUGCUGAUCAUAUGGCUUGGGAUGUCGACCGGCAAUUUUUAUGGGGACCAUCCUUUAUGAUAUCGGCUGUUUUGGAAGAGGGCGUAACAGAAAUCGAAGUCUACUUUCCCAAUGCUCGUUGGUAUGACUAUUACACGGGCAAAGAAAUGGUGGAUGAGAGGGGUACGGUAGCUACUUUGGCUGCACCCAUGGAGGUCAUCAAUCUGCACGUAAGAGGGGGUUAUAUCAUACCCCUUCAGGAGCCAGCAAAUACCACUGUUUUCAGUCGUUUGAAGCCUCUUUCUCUUCUAGUGGCUCUAGAUGAUAAUAUGGAGGCUAACGGAGAACUCUUCUGGGAUGACGGAGAAAGGAGAGAAUCCUACGAAAACAGAGAGUACACUUUACUCAAAUUCGUCGCCACAAAAGUAAGUUACCGAGGUUCUUCCGAAGCAGUAUGUAUAUAG